UGAACAGCCCAGCAACGUGAGGGAUGUAAAAUUCUGUCAGUGUUGCCAACAAAAAUUUGAAUGUCAUCAACCAGAGUUUAAAGGAGAAACGCGCGAAAUUUCGUGAUGUCUUUAACUCUGUGUCAGAGUAAUCGGAUUUAUAACUAUUUUUUUUCACACUGUCUAACCGUAAGCCUAGAAUGUCCGAACUCUGAACUUGUUGAUCGUUCUGUUUGCUGAACUUUGGUAAUCAUGGCAAACAAUGCGAAAUACUCAGAAGACGAAAUAGAGCGCAAAAGAUUAUCAGCUUUGUGUCGUAAAGAGCUGUCUCGAAAGUUAACAGGUAGUCAGGGAAAUUCGUCGAAUCUCAAUUCCCUGUCAAUUAAUAAUGGGAGUUCAGGAAAUGUCCCAACAGUUUCCCCAUGUAGGGAACAAAGAUCAGGGAACUCCUUCGUCAUGCAUUCGCCAAGCCGGCAGAACCAUCGAUACAAUCCUCUCAAGAGCAAAGAUCCACAAAACUUUUCAUCCAAAUCUUCCACAAUUCAGAUUAAGUUCGUUAUGAUCAGUGACGAAAGAUUUUCUGUCAUAAUCUCUGAAUUUCAAGAACAAAUCAUCAGCAUUUUCAAAACUAUUCCGAGUAGAUCUUACGAUUUAAAAACCAAAACUUGGAAUUUUCACAUGAAGGAUUACAACGAUCUCGUAAAAAAAUUAUCUCAGUUAAAACCUAGAGUAUCUAUCGAGAACUUGCCAUCCAGCAUACUUCAGGUAUUCAAAAAAGAAGUAAACACCGAUUACAAUUCCGUAGAUUUGACAUGUAUUGAUAAAAAAUUAGUGGAAAGUUUGAUGCCGUUUCAACGAGAAGGUGUUUGUUAUGGGAUUUUGAAAAAUGGUCGCUGCAUUAUCGCAGAUGAGAUGGGACUCGGUAAAACGAUACAAGCAUUAGGAAUUGUGCAUUAUUAUAGAAAUGAUUGGCCGCUUCUCAUUGUCAGCCCAUCGUCUGUUAGGUAUCAAUGGUCAGAAGCUAUUUAUACGUUCUUACCUUCUGUGCCGACACAUUACGUGCAUCAUUAUACAACCGCUAAAGACACUUUCGGCGAUGCUAAAAUCGUCAUAAUGUCUUACGAUAUCCUGAAGCGGGCGAUUAGCUCACUCGAAAGACACGUGUUCGGCGCAGUUAUAUUCGAUGAAUCUCAUUUCUUGAAGAGUCCAAAAUCUGCACGUUCAGUGGCCGCAUCUGUCGUAGCUUCUCAAGCGCGAAGAGUUGUGUUGCUUAGCGGUACACCAGCCCUUUCACGCCCUAAGGAAUUGUAUUUUCAAAUCAACCUUGUUAUGCAGAAAUUUCUUGGAUUUCACGAAUUCGGCAUUAGAUAUUGUGCUGGCACUUUCGGCAAAUUUGGCUGGGAAUACGGGGGUUCUUCAAACAUGCAAGAGCUGCAGCUACUAUUGAACCGCUGUUGUCUAAUUAGACGUAUAAAAUCUGAAGUACUGACCCAGUUGCCGUCCAAAAUACGAGAAGUUGUAAUUUUGGAUCCAAAGUUGAUUAAAACAGAAACACAAAAAAUGAAGAAAAUCGCCGAGGCCGUACAACGCGAAAGUUUUAAGAACUCCGAAGGAAACACCGCGUUACUGCAGCAUUAUAGAGAAACGGCUGAGGUGAAAACAAAAGCGAUAUGCAAUUACGUCAAUGACUUGCUGGAAAGUGAUACAAAGUUUUUGAUAUUCGCCCACCAUUUGACAGUCCUUAAUGAAAUAUGCAAGACCAUCUCAUCGAAAAAUGUUAGCUAUAUUAGAAUCGACGGAUCAACAAAAUCCGAGGAGCGAAAAGUGCGAUGCGACGUGUUCCAAGAACAAGACGACUGUUUGGUUGCUGUUCUUUCUAUAACAGCGGCAAGCACAGGCAUCACUUUGACUGCCGCGCAGCGCGUUGUGUUUGCCGAACUGUAUUGGAAUCCUGGAAUUUUGUGCCAAGCCGAAGAUAGAGUGCACAGAAUCGGCCAACAAGGAAGCGUGCUGAUCCAAUUUCUUAUCGCUAAAAACACGGCUGAUGACCAUUUGUGGAAAUUGAUGCAAACGAAACUCAAUGUUCUGAAUAAAGCUGGGCUUGGGCAGAAUUUUGCGGUGGAAAAAUCGACUGAGGCCAAACGAGGUAACGAAACUCCGUCCAAUCAGUCAAACUUGCUCUCGUUCUUCACAAAAGCAAGUGUUCAACAGGAUUCCGCAGCACAUCGCGAGAAAAUUGAAGAUGUUCAUCAGUUACUCGAAGAAGAUGACGAUGCGCUGAUCACGCUUAAUUUAGACGGACUCGAUGAGGAUUGUUGAGUUAUAUCAAAUUUUAGUUAUAUUAAUUUUGUAUAAAAACUACGUAUUUGUGAGAUUGAUACUUGAUUUUCAUACCGAUUAAAAAAAAACGAAAUAUCG